UCGUGUCUCCUGUCGGUGCUGCUGCUGGAGCCAACAUGCAGCUGCAGAGGUCUCCGGUCCCCCUGCUGCUGCUGAAGCUGCUGCUGAUGAGGGUGAGGAUCGGGCUCUGCAGCGGCACAAGUUUCCCAAGUAACAUCAACAUCGGAGGCCUUUUCCCCACCGGUUCCCACGAGUAUGAGGUGUUCCGUUUCGCCCUGGCCCAGCAUCAGGACGUCCCCAAACUGGUGCCGCAGGUGGACAUGGUGGACACUGGGAGCAGCUUCGCCAUGACCUACGCCUUUUGCUCUCAGUUCUCGAAGGGCGUGUACGCCAUCAUGGGUCUGUACGACCGGCGGACGGUCAACAUGCUGAUGUCCUUCUGCAGCUCGCUGCACGUGUGCUUCGUCACGCCGUCCUUCCCAGUUCACACCAACAACCAGUUCGUCCUUCAGCUGCGGCCCGAGCUGCAGGAGCCCCUCAUGGCCCUGCUGGACCACUUCUACUGGACCCGCUUCGUCUACAUGUACAGCUCCGACUCAGGUCUGACGGUGCUGCAGAGGAUCCUGGACACGGCGGCCGAGCGCAGCUGGCAGGUCACCUCCGUUAACCUGGACACGCUGACGGAGCCGGCCUUCAUCAAGCUGCUGGCCGACCUCGACUACAAGAAGGAGUUUCAGAUCAUCAUCGACUGCGAGCUGGAGCGCCUCAACUACAUCCUGAACCUGAUUGCUGCUCAGAAGAGAAACCUGAAGAACUACCACUACAUCCUGGUCAACCUGGGAUUCCUGGACCUGAACGUCACAGAGUUUCAAAAGCUGGCUCCGAACGUGACGGGUUUCCAACUGGUGAACCGCUCCGACCCGAUGGUGGAAAAAAUAAACCAGGACUGGGUGGACUUCGACAGCAAGGACCUCAGACUGGCCAGCAAGAGGCUCAAGUACACAGGAGCUCUGACCUACGACGGCGUCAACGUCAUGGCCAAGGCCUUCCAAAACCUGCGGCGACAACGCAUCGACAUAUCUCGCCGCGGCAAUGCUGGGGAGUGCCUGGCCAACCCGCCGGCUCCGUGGGGGCAGGGCAUCGACAUCCAGAGAGCCCUGCAGCAGGUCCGUCUGGAGGGUCUGACGGGUCACGUCCAGUUUGAUGAACGAGGUCAUCGCACCAACUACACCCUGAGUGUGAUGGAGCUCAGCCACCUCGGACCCAGGAAGAUUGGUUACUGGAAUCAGAGGAGAGGCUACGUGAACACGGCCAUCUACAGACCCCUGCAGGAGGAGUUCUUUGGUCUGCUCAACAGAACCUACAUCGUCACCACUAUCCUGGAAGCUCCGUACAUGAUGCUGAAGAAGAACCACGACCAGUUUGUGGGAAAUGAGAAGUACGAAGGUUACUGCGCCGAACUCGCCUCCGAGAUUGCCAAGCACGUCGGCUUCACCUACCGGCUUGAGCUGGUGGGCGACACCAAGUACGGUGCCCGAGACCCUGACACCAAGAUGUGGAAUGGGAUGGUGGGGGAACUGGUGUAUGGGAAGGCCAACAUGGCCAUUGCUCCACUGACCAUCACUUUGGUUCGAGAGCAGGUGAUUGACUUCACCAAACCCUUCAUGUCUCUGGGAAUCUCCAUCAUGAUCAAGAAGCCCACCAAGUCCAAACCAGGUGUCUUCUCCUUCCUGGACCCGCUGGCCUACGAGAUCUGGAUGUGCAUUGUCUUCGCCUACAUCGGAGUCAGCGUGGUGCUCUUCCUGGUGAGUCGCUUUAGUCCCUACGAGUGGCAGGGAGAGGCGUCUGAUGAUGAAGAUGAAACCAUCCCAUCCUCCUCCUCUCGACGAGCUCCGCCCACUUCAUCUCCUGAGGACCCUCACUCUCCAGGCUUCGCUCAGGUUCAGAACCAGAACCAGCAGAAAGAUAAGGAGGCUCCUGAACAUACCAACGAUUUUGGGAUCUUUAACUCUCUCUGGUUCUCCCUGGGGGCCUUCAUGCAGCAGGGCUGCGACAUCUCCCCGAGGUCUCUCUCUGGUCGAAUAGUCGGAGGAGUUUGGUGGUUUUUCACCCUCAUCAUCAUCUCGUCCUACACAGCCAACCUGGCAGCCUUCCUCACUGUGGAAAGGAUGGUUUCCCCCAUAGAGAGCGCAGAAGACCUGGCCAAGCAGACCGAGAUCGCCUACGGCACGCUGGACGGUGGCUCCACCAAAGAGUUCUUCAGGCGCUCGAAGAUCGCCGUGUUCGAGAAGAUGUGGUCGUACAUGCGCAGCGCCGAGCCGUCCGUGUUCGUGAAGAACACCAACGAGGGCGUGCUGCGCGUCAGGAAGUCCAAGGGGAAGUACGCCUACCUGCUGGAGUCCUCCAUGAACGAGUACAUCGAGCAGAGGAAGCCCUGCGACACCAUGAAGGUCGGGGGGAACCUGGACUCCAAAGGUUACGGCGUGGCCACGCCCAAAGGCUCCCCCCUCAGAAACCCUGUAAACUUGGCAGUGUUAAAACUGAACGAGCAGGGCCUGUUGGACAAAUUGAAAAACAGAUGGUGGUAUGACAAGGGAGAGUGCGGCAUCGGGGGAGGUGACUCCAAGGACAAAACGAGCGCGCUCAGUCUGAGCAACGUGGCCGGAGUCUUCUACAUCCUGAUCGGUGGGCUGGGGCUGGCCAUGCUGGUGGCUCUGGUCGAGUUCUGCUACAAGUCUCGGAUCGAGUCCCGGAGGAUGAAGGAGCUCAUCGACGCCGCCAUGAUGAGCAGCAGCCUCGGAGCAGCUGGACUCGGAGGCGAGAAUGGACGAGUGAUGGCACACGAUUUCCCAAAAUCAGGAGCUCAGGGUUUGCCCUGUAUGAGCAAGGCAGCAGGCCUGGGACUGUCCUCCACAGGCAUGUGAUCUGAACCGAGACCACUGAUUGGACAGAACGCCAUCUGUCAGUGAGGAAAGAAAGACUGAAGGGAAAUGAUGGAAGGAGGAGGGUGGACAAGAAAGAUUAAAGGAAAACGUCUGAUAUGAAUGAACAAGAUAUAAACUGAGAAAUGUGACGGAGAUGAACAGAGGCGGGAGUUUUAAACGACUCCUGUAAGAUGGGUCACUGGGCUCAAACCCACAUGGGAACUACUUUUCCUUACGAGCACUAUCUUAUGCUGAACUCCUGCAGUAACAGGACCUGACGGGCAGAUGUGAAGGGAUUUUUUUAAGCUUUCUAACGACUGAACUGAUGCACCGUCUCACUCCGGUUCAACACAGAGAGCUUUGCCACGCUCCACACCAAGCGCCACUUUUACA